UUCCCUUCUUAUAUAAAUCCUUAAUUAUCUUUCAAUCAUUUUUUUCUGAUUUUCUCUCUGCAACGGAAGGAGUGAAGUGGAUCAAUUCUUUCGGUCUAUUGGUUCCUACUUCCUACCUACCCUAUGAUGUCGUAUUCCAGACGAUCAAGGUAUUCUCGCUCUCGUUCCCCAUAUAGGAGGGACAGUAGAUCUGUCUCAAGGUCUCUGUCAAGAUCAAGGUCCAGGAGCCGAUCGAGAAGUCAUGAUUCAAGUGAGGUGGAAAAUCCUGGUAAUAAUCUAUAUGUCACAGGAUUGUCCCCUCGGAUAACAAAGAAAGAGCUUGAAAAGCAUUUUACAAGUGAAGGAGGAACGGUGAUAGAUGUUCACCUCGUGGUUGAUCCUUGGACAAGAGAGUCUCGUGGUUUUGGGUUUGUCACAAUGUCAACUGUUGAAGAAGCUGAUCGCUGCAUCAAGUAUCUGAAUCGCUCAGUACUUGAAGGUCGGGUCAUCACCGUGGAGAAGGCAAAGAGAAGAAGAGGCCGAACACCAACCCCAGGACGGUAUCUUGGAGUGAGAACCAUCCGAGUGCAUCGUCGAUCUCCCAGUUAUUCUCCGUAUUAUAGGAGUCGUUACAGUUCUCCGCGUUAUUCCUCAGAAAGGGACAGAGAUAGAUCAUACUCCCCUUAUUACAGGCGGCACAGGUCCUACUCUCGAUCUUUGUCCCCCUACAGCAAGUCACCAGUUCGCAGGCGACACCGUUCCUACUCCUCAGAUGACUCUAGGUCAUACUCACGACAUGACCGAUCAGUCUCACCUUACUACAGGAGACGCCACCGAUCAGUCUCCCGAAGUGUUUCUCCAAGGCCGAGAAGGAGCUCAAGAAGAGGCUAUACACGUAGUCCAUCCCCCAGGCUGAGGAGAAGCUCGAGGAAGAGCUACUCUCGCAGUCCUUCGCCAAAAGCAAGGAGUUCAAGGAGGAGUUACUCCCGGAGUGUCUCCCCAAGAUCAAGGAAGAGUUCGAGGAGGGGCCCCUCUGGUAGUCCUUCACCCAGGCGGCAGAGAGGCUACUCUCGAGAAAGUUAUUCCUGUAGCAGGAGUGUGAGCUCGCGGUCAGCAUCUAGGUCCCAAUCUCCUGUAUCAAGGACCCCUUCACCAGCCUCGCGGGACUGAAGUUAAAACUUCUUGCAUUGAGUGCGUAAGUUUGAUGUAGCUUUUUAUUUAUUUAUUUGGUAAGAAAGUUUGAUGUAGCUUAGGGGUCUUUUGGAGUUUGCUUAGCUAGUCCUACUGCUGUAUAUGCGUGAACAUUUUUCUUACUCUUUUUUCAGAUAAAAAUAUCAAUUCGUGGUUUUGUUGGCAUGUUUGUUUUUAA